AAGGCAGCUGAAGAAUUCGGAAUAGAACUUGAUGAAAAUCUGGAUGUCAAUGAGCGGAGCAAUAAACACGUUAGGAAAGAUAAAAUUCAGUCACUUAAGACACAGCUAAGGGAAUUAUUGUCACAGCAAUUGAUUCCACGUGGGGUCUCCACUAAAUACUUGACGAGUGGUAUCGUGCGUGACCUGGCUGAUAGAUUGUUAGAUGAACCGUCAC